CCGUUUUGGCAUACCAUCCAACCAAGAAAUAGGUGGAAUGGCGUCCGUAUCAAUUAGAACAUGUUGAAGGGAGCGGGGCCCCGCAGACCGCUUGCGAUUCUCCGUGAGUGCAUGUUGGACUGUCUGAGAUAGACCAGGGGUCUAUUUUGGUUGGGUCUAUGCUACAAUUUGACUGAAAUGUCAUGAAUGAGACAAGGAGACAAGAUGGCAAAGUAAAGCAUAUCCGGUUUAGGGAAAAUACAAACUAAAAUGAUCAAAUCACAAGGUAAACAUGAUGCAAUUUCCUAUUGAAUUGGUUAGCAAAUAGUUUCGCCUGAUUUAUUACCAAGAUGGACGACGAGCAAUUGAUUGUGGAAGUAGAAAACAGAACUGUCUUAUAUGACACAACGCACCCUUUCUACAAAGACAACAGCCGGAAGGAAAAAGCAUGGAUGGAGAUAGCAGGCACUUUGGGAAUUAGUGCUGAUCUAUGCAAGAAUAGAUGGAGAAAUCUUCGCGACCUGUUUGUCAGAUACAACAAAAAAACUCAACUCCAAAGUGGAUCAGGUGGGGCGCCACAAAAGGAAUGGAAGUACCAAGGCAUCAUGUGCUUUUUACAGCCAUUCCUGCAGCCAAGACAUUCAAAGAGCAGCCUUCGUCCCACACCCACUGUAGAUUUAGAGCUGGGGGGAACUGAGACACCUCUAUCACUGGCUGACACAGAGGAGCGAGCCAGCACGCCGAGCAGCACUUAUUCGACACCAUCAACCUCUGGUGAAGGGAAAAAGAGGUCCCGUAGCCCCAGAGAAACCCCAUCAAGAAGACUAGCCACAAAAAAGAAGAGCACAGGGACACUAAUGGAGGACCGCAUAAUGUGUCUUCUAGAAAGCCCCACUCCAAUAAACACUCAUGAAGAGUCAUAUCACUUUGCUCUCAGCACAGUCCCCAUAUUGACUAAACUGAGUAGUCCAAGAAGGCGGAGAGCAAAGAGAGAAAUCAUGCGUGUCCUGGAUGAUCUCACAGAUGAACAGGAGGAGGAACGUGGAAGUGCUCAGGCUUAGCAAGAGCAGCACAUAAUGUACUUCUUGAAAAUCUAUGGUGUAAAUAACUAGUUGAUAACAAACUUUAUUAUUGGAACAAACAACCAUUUCUAGAGAACAACUAUCAAUUUACCGGUCGGUCUACGUUCCUACCCUCACCUAUGGCCAUGAACUUUGGGUCAUGACCGAAAGAACGAGAUCCCGGAUACAAGUGGCUGAAAUGAGCUUCCUCCGUAGGGUGAACUCCCUU